AUAUACCUCGCCGGGGUAAUGCCCGGACCGAAGUCGCCUUCCUUGGACCAAGUCAAUCACUUUCUCAGACCCCUUGUGCAAGAGCUCAAUGUCUUCUGGUCUCGAGGCGUCCAUUACACCCGUACUGCAUGCCGACCUCGAGGACGCUUGACCAAGUGUGCUGCGUUCCCACUUAUCUGUGACCUCGCCGCCGCCAGGAAAACCAGUGGACAGGCCUCUCACAGCUCCGCGAUGUUCUGUUCCUUUUGCCAACUACUCAAGCCCUCCAUCAAUAACUUAGACAAAGCUUCAUGGCCGAGACGGGACUGCAAUGCCUUCCGCCGAUGUGCCGAGGAGUGGAAGGCGGCGCCGUCCGAGCGCCGUCGGGAACAGCUGUUCAAGAUCUCUGGCAUUCGCUAUUCCACCCUUCUUGAUCUUCCGUACUGGCGACCUACUCGAUAUGUCGUUAUCGACACUAUGCACAAUCUGUUUCUGGGGCUUCUUCAACGGCAUUGUCGUCGAAUUUUCGGGAUGGACGUCACUAUCACCUCAGAAGAUGAAUCCGGCGCCGACAUCGAACCUGAU